AUGCACUCGGUGACGAUUCCCGGCUCGCUCGUCAACAAGGCGAAGAAGCACUUCUUGGGGAUGCCGGCACCAAUGGGCUAUGUUCCCGGAGUGGGUAGAGGUGCCACCGGUUUUACGACCCGAUCUGAUAUCGGUCCGGCUCGAGAAGCGGUGCCCGGCGAGGGUGAAGCGACCGUCGGGCCCGCUGGCCCACCACCAGCCAAACAGGGAAAGGAAGAACGAGACGAGGCUGAGGAUCUAAAUGACGCGAACUACGAUGAAUUUGAGGGAUACUCGGGCUCGUUGUUCUCUCGAAUGGACCCAUACGAUAAAGAUGACGAAGAAGCCGACGAAAUCUACCACCAAGUCGACAUGCGACAAGACGAAAAGCGAAAGGACUAUCGCGAGAAGAAAUACGCGGAGGCGAUCGCCAAAUUUCGUAUGGAACGCCCAAAGAUUCAGCAAGAGUUCUCCGAUCUUAAGCGGCAACUGGCUGAUGUCACAGAAGAAGAAUGGUCCGCGAUUCCAGAAGUCGGUGAUGCGAGAAACAAAGCAAAGCGCAAUCCCCGUGCCGAGCGCUUCACUCCCGUGCCCGACUCUGUCCUUCAGAAUGCAAUGAACAUCGGAGCGUCGUCGAACGUUUUAGACGAUCGAUACUUGCUGCGACGAAGGGGCACCGCCAGAGGCCGAGUUGCCAAUGCUGAUGGAGCUGGC